GUGAAAGUAAAUGGAUAGAUUUCUAACAGCAGGAAAAUGGCUACAGAAAUCGCCGAGUUUGAAAGACGCUUGAACUUGGUCUACUGACGAGCUGACUGAGCUGACCCUCACAUUGACGCUCGAACCGCCUCCCUGUAUACAUGGCACCUGCUAGCUGACGCCAUGGCCCAGAUAACCACUGGAAAUGGGUUCAAGCCAGACGUGUCAUCCACACUGGGAGCAGGCGGGACCAAGGGAACUGUGGGAAAGGAGGAGGCCCUGCGCAUGGAGGCUGAGGCCCUGGCCAGGCUUCAGAGAGAGAAGAGGAACUCGCUCCCUGUGUUGUCGUCAGCUGCUAAGCUCCUCACCAGCGAAACCCAGAGGCCAUCUUCCACCAGUAAGCCCGAGAGGGACCUUAUUGUCUUCCCAGAGUCAGAGGCCAAGAAGAGGGGGGAGAGCGAUGUGUUCAGGGACAUCGAUGUGGAAAAGCUCACCAAGGAGGAGCUGGAGAAGCUACUGCUGGACGAUUUUGCUGCCGCCAGUAAAGCAACGAGGCCUUCCCCCUUAUUGGGGUGCAGCUUGAGUGCCUCCUAUCCGGGGAGCCAGACAUUCACAGCCUCUCCCCUCCAAAGAGGCCCUUGGACCCCUUCUGGCUCCACCCUGCCUACCCCCACUCAUCCACAGGCCCCGGUCUUCCCUUCAGCACCUUUCCCCAAACAGCCAUGCUCUUUCCAGAAUGGUUUCUCUCAGGGCAUGGUGCCAUUCAGAGUCCCGGAGCACUUCUUCCUCAGCCUGCCCACACAGGCCCCCUUCAUGGCCUUCAGCCCCCUGCCACCCACCUCCCCCCUGGUCUUCCCCCAGCCUGCUGUUUCCCCAGAGAUGGCCAAGCUCUUUGACAAGAUAGCCAGCACCUCAGAGUACUUGAAGAACGGGAGGUCUACCAGCGCUGACUCUGAGUCAGCUGCAAUCAAGUCCCUGGCGCAUGAGCCCCUGGCCUCGGAGCCCACCGGCGCCAGCAGGAUGGAGUGGCUGGACUUGGACCCACUCAGUAAGCCCAAGGCAGACAGCCAGGAACCCCCAUCCUGGGAGCCAGUGGAGGGUGGGCCAGCGGGGGACCCCUGGGAUGCUGUGCUGCUGGAUGAGGUCGAGGAUGGAGGCGGCGGGAGCCCCCCUGUUCAGGAGAGGAGCCAGCAUUCGUCCACAUCACUUCCUAGGAGGGCUUCAGCUGGGGCGGGUGUGACUAGAAGCCAUUCUGUCAACAUCCCCACCAUGUCUUCACAGCACAGCCAGAACAACCAGCAUGACAAGGGAGAAGGGAAAAAAUUGAUGAAGUCCGACACCCUGCGAGAAGCGGAGGCCCAGAAUCAAGAGGUGGUUACCUUCUGCAAAGAUGUUGCAAUGCUGAGGUCAAAGUUCCCUCACAGUGACCUCGUCACCAACUCUGGGUAUGUACUGAGCCCUGUCAUCCCCCAGAGGGACAUGAACAGUGACAACAGCAGCGGUGUGAAGGUGUCGAUUGAGAUCUCAGACUCCCAGGAGCCUGUCACUUUCACCUGUGAUGUGAGCUCCCCAGUGGAGCUGCUGAUCAUGCAGGCUCUGUGCUGGGUUCAUGACGACUUGAACCAGGUUGACAUUGGCAGCUACAUCCUCAAAGUCUGUGGCCAGGAGGAAGUUCUUCAGAAUAAAUACAGCCUGGGCAGUCAUGAAUACGUCCAGAACUGCAGGAAGUGGGAGAUGGAGAUCAAGCUCCAGCUGCUGUGCCAGACCUUCAUCCAUAAGGACCUGGCACGUACUGCUGAAGAUGACUCUUCCCUCAUUGAUUUGGAGAGGUACCUGCACCAGGUGGAGAGGCCUUUUAAGGAGACUGUCACCAGACAGUGCCUUAUCAACUUUCUCGAAGUUUAUCACAAUCAAGUCAACAUCUGCCUUCAGAAUGAGAGCACCGAGUACAAAACUGUGGAUCGAGUUAUCCAUGCUGUGAAGAAUUUCUGCAGCAUGCUGGAUGAAGUGGAGACAGCAGCAAUCACAGAGGCUGUGAAAAGGGUCAAGCACUCAGCCAACUUGCCCAAGACCAAGUCCCUGGAGGCUGGUUCUGAAUCCUCAGGUGCUGCUAUGGUUGGCUACGUCAGCCCCAUGGAGGAGAGCUUGGGUGGCCUUACCACUGCCAUGUAUGACCUGGUGAAGCUCUACCUCCGCACCUUCUGCCCUGUGGUCACCCAGAAGACAAAGUGUGAGCCCACAGAAGAGGGACGCAGCAGCAAGGAGGCCUCAGGCACCACGGAGCACCUGCAGUUCACCCUUUUCGCUGUUCAUGGCAUUGCCAGUGCUUGGGUCAGCAGUUAUGAGAAGUACUAUCUAAUGUGUGCUCUGACACACAACGGAAGGAAUCUGUUCAAGCCCAUCCAGAGCAAGAAAGUGGGAGCAUACAAGAGCUUCUUUUACCACAUUAAGUGGGAUGAACUGAUGCACUUUCCCAUUGCGGUGGCCCUCCUGCCCCUGGAGUCCAUGCUGAGCCUCUCCCUUUAUGGGAUCCUGAACCAGAGCACUAGUGGCUCACCCGACUCACACAAGCCACGCAAAGCGCCUGAGCUGCUGGGCAGAGUGUCCAUGCCCAUCUUUGACUUCCAGGGCGUGCUGGCGCGGGGGACCAAGCUGCUCAGCCUGUGGCCACCCCCUCCAUCUGUCUCAACUAUUGCACCUAGCAGAAGGAGGAGCCAGGUGGAGAGAACCAUCCUGCAGGUCGACUUCCCAAACCCAGCAGUAGACAUCCUGUACGUGGGCCCCCAGCCGGUCAGCUGCCCUGACCCACAGUCCCUGGAGCCACUGGACCCUGACCUGAAGAGGCGUGUGGAGAAGCUUUGCAGCAGGGUCUCCAUGUUUGGAGUGACAAGGGCUGACCGGCUGUUUCUCUGGGACAAGCGGCAGUACUGCCGGGCCUACAAGCACAGCCUGCCCAAGGUCCUGGCUAGUGCCCCCAGCUGGGACUGGGGAAGCAUGGCGGAGAUCCACGCCCUUCUGCACAACUGGCCCCCCCUGCCCCCCGUGUCCGCCCUGGAGCUGCUCGACUCCAAGUUUGCUGACACGGAGGUGCGGGGAGUGGCUGUGAGCUGGAUUGAGAGGAGUAGUGAUGACGAGCUGGCGGACUACCUGCCCCAGCUGGUGCAGGCGGUGAAAUUUGAAUGCCACUUGAAGAAUGCCUUAGUGAUGCUUCUGCUGUCUCGAGCUCAAGGGAACAUUAACAUAGCCCAUUACCUGAACUGGCUGCUGCGGGACGCAGUGCAGGACCCAUGUUUCGGGCCGCGCUAUGAGAGCAUCCUGGGGGCGCUGCUGUGCCUAUGUGGGGCAGGGCUGCGGGCUGAGCUGGAUAAACAGACAGAGUUGGUGCAGCUGCUGGGAGCACUGGCUGAGAAGGUGCGCCAGGCCAGUGGAUCUUCCCGACAGGCUGUCCUCCAGGAAGGCUUGGGGAGAGUGCAGUCCUUCUUCCAGAGGCACAGCUGCCGACUGCCUCUCAGCCCUAGCCUGGUGGCCAAGGAGCUGAACAUGAAGGCCUGUUCCUUCUUCAAUUCCAAUGCUGUUCCUCUGAAGAUCACAUUGGUGAAUGCUGACCCCCUUGGAGAAGAGAUAAACAUUAUGUUCAAGGUGGGGGAGGACCUGAGGCAGGACAUGCUGGCACUGCAGAUGAUCCGUAUCAUGGACCGGAUUUGGCUGCAGGAGGGACUGGACCUGCGUAUUGUCAACUUCAAAUGCAUCUCUACCGGCAAAGACAAAGGCAUGGUGGAGUUGGUCCCAGCCUCUGACACCUUGAGGAAGAUCCAAGUGGAGUACGGGGUAACAGGCUCCUUUAAGGACAAGCCCCUAGCGGAGUGGCUGCGCAAGUACAACCCCACAGAGGAGGAGUAUGAGAAGGCAUUGGAGAAUUUCAUCUACUCCUGCGCAGGCUGCUGCGUGGCCACCUAUGUGCUGGGCAUCUGUGAUCGUCACAAUGACAACAUCAUGCUGCGCUCCAGUGGCCACAUGUUCCACAUUGACUUUGGCAAGUUUCUGGGCCACUCGCAGAUGUUUGGCAGCCUCAAAAGGGAUCGUGCCCCGUUUGUGCUGACCUCAGACAUGGCCUAUGUCAUCAAUGGUGGGGAGAGGCCCACCAGCCGCUUUCAGCUCUUUAUUGACCUGUGCUCUCAGUCCUACAACCUGAUCCGCAAGCACGCCGGCCUCUUCCUCAACCUGCUCUCUCUGAUGACAUCAUCAGGUUUGCCAGAGCUCACAGGCGCUCAGGACCUGAAAUACGUAUACGAUGCCCUCCAGCCCGAAACCACAGAUGCAGAAGCUACAGUUUUCUUCACGAGGUUGAUUGAGUCCAGUCUGGGCAGCAUGGCUACCAAGUUUAACUUCUUCAUCCACAACCUGGCCCAACUACGUUUCUCUGGCUUGCCCUCCAACGAUGAACCCAUCCUGUCCUUCUCCCCUAAAACCUACACACUCAAGCAGGAUGGGCGUAUCCGUGACACCUCCAUCUUCACCUUCCAGAAGAGAUAUAAUCCUGAAAAACACUAUACAUACGUGGUGAGAGUCCAGAGGGAAGGCCAGAGUGAGGCCCAGUUUGUGUUCCGAACCUUUGAUGAGUUCCAGGAGCUGCACAACAAGCUAACCAUUCUUUUCCCACUGUGGAAGUUGCCUGGAUUCCCUAACAAGAUGGUGCUGGGAAGGACCCAUGUUAAGGAUGUGGCAGCCAAGAGGAAGGUGGAGCUCAACAACUACAUCCACAACCUGAUGAGGAGCUCCACUGAAGUAACCCAGUGUGACCUGGUGUAUACCUUCUUUCAUCCAAUUGCAAGAGAUGACAGGACGGAAGGGAUUGAUGGAAUGUCAAAGCCUCCAGAAGCGACACUGCAGAGCCCCAUGACAGGAAAGGUGGAAGGCGAGGUGAAGCUGUCAGUGUCCUAUAGGAACAGCACACUCUUCAUCAUGGUGAUGCACAUUAAGGACCUGGUGUCAGAUGAUGGAGCAGACCCAAACCCCUAUGUGAAAACCUAUCUGCUUCCUGACCCCCACAAAACCUCUAAGCGCAAAACAAAGAUUGCCAGGAAGACCAGGAACCCCACUUUUAAUGAAAUGCUGGUAUACAGUGGCUACAGCAAGGAGACUCUGAGCCAGAGGGAGCUGCAACUGAGCGUGCUCAGUGUUGAGCCUCUGAGGGAAAACUGCUGUCUGGGUGGGCUCAUCCUCAGUUUAAAGGACUUUGACCUCAGCAAAGACACUGUCAAGUGGUACAAGCUCACUGCUGUCCCAUACUUUUAGACUUUGCACAGCAAGGGGACCCCCUGACACCUUUCCUCAAACUCACCACUCCUCUUCUUUUGUUGAACACUCAUAAAGUUCCUUCUGCGUUUUGUAAAUUUGACACUAGAGGACCAAAACAAUACUGUAUGUAUGUAUUUAUAAACAUGCAUAAAAUCUCAUACAUGUUUAAAGCAGCUGAUUUCUACAGAAUAUUUCUACAUGCAUAAACAUAAAGAAGUAAAAUCCCAUGUGAUGGUGACAGCUGCAAAGGCAGGUUGAGGCCAUACCGGAUGAAAAAAAAAGGGGUUGUGUCCUUACUCCUGCGCCAAAAGAAUGGAGAAAAAAAAUCCUUCAGAUGACAAAAUGGGGGUGCCUUGUUUGAGUUCACCACAAUUUUGUUUUUCUUGUUGGCAUUAAUUACAGUAUGUUUCAUUGAAUGCGCUAUCCUGAUGAAAACCUUACCCUGAGUGCAGAGUACUGGAUUUCAUGAAGUUGUUCAUCAAGCUGACUUUAAAAUGUCCAAACUAUGAUGUGUUGUAAUGGUCUGAUUUGAUUCUUUUCCCCAUAUACAUUGUGAUGUUUGUUAUAUAUAAGUCUGUAUUGUUGUUGCAUUUUGACUCAAGGGAACAGCAAUAUUGCUUAAAUGUUCAAAGCUAGCUCAGAUGCUGCUUCUGCACAGAUAAACAGAACAACUAAAUUUUUUUGAGGAAUUACUUGUUUUCUUGAAUCUAUGAAAGAGGAAACUUCUAAAA